UAAUAAUGUAAUCCAGUUCCAACUCAAAGCACUUUUUAAUGCCAUUUCAAACACACUUAAUUGCCCCGAGUACCUCGUGACCUCAAUCAACACCUCAACGGCUAAGUGACUGCACGUGACUGCAUAUUGCAAUUCAGUUAGGCCCAAGUUCGACCGAACUAUGCCAAAUAAAAUGGAAAGUUUAUUUAAAGGUUCAUUUAACGCGAAAGUUGAACUAUAACCGAACCGAACUGGACAACUGGACAAGUGGACAGCAGUCGUAACUGAAUUUUAAGUGGUCUUGCACUAACUACUCUCCGGCUGGGCUAAUUCGGUGGUGGAUGUUUUAUUGCCGCCCAGCAACGAGCCACCAGCAACUGCAGCUGGCCACAUGGGCCGCAUCCAAGUCCGACUCCAACUCCAACUCCAGACUGGAGCUGGAGCUGGACUGCAGCCAAGUUAUUGGGCGAAAGGUUACAGCCAGCAAUUGUUAUGCAAAUCUGGCGGAGGGAGAUUGCCGCAAACACAAUGGACACCCAUUCGAUAGAAUCGGACAAGCGGCUCGGGCAGCGGACCAAAUCGCAAAUCAUUUCACGACAGAUGACGGGAGGGGGGUGAAAACUGAGCAGCAGGCCAUGCUGGUCCACGCAUCCUGCCCUUAGUUGAAAAUGCGGAGCUACUGGAAAAACCUUUGGCGAGUACUUGACUCCCUCACCGAUCCACCUAAAAGGUCAGAGGACAACGUUUUGUUGACCGUUUCCCGAAGUCAUUUGAGCCUGCUGACCCAUUUAAGUCUGCGAAGCGAACCACGAGGUCCCCGAUUUGUGAUUCCAUCCACGAGUCGCCACGUGAGCUUCUCGCCCAGCACUUUGGAGCACCUGGAAACCCGAGAUGCGGUGAGGCAGGCGGAAACAUCUGCCUUCCAGAACUUCGUGCGGGAGAUGUACGAGGGCUACUACCAACUAUUACUCUCACAGGAGAGAGAACUACACGGCUUACGGCCAGAACAGCAGCUGGCCAACUACAGGCUGAGCCUCAAGGACCUCGUGCGACUCCAGCGAGUGGCCAGUGAUCUGUGGAAGCGAAUGGACAGGCAGCGGAAGCAGCAGUACAAGGAUCUGGCCAUGAUGGCACUGCAUCGCCGCUGCUUGCGACUGCCCCCCGAUCCGCAUCGCACGCCCCCACACCUCAAAGGAUUCAAGAAGCUGAGGAAUUACAGAACUUGUUUGUAUCCCUAAUCCCCAAAUUAA